GAAUAAAAGUCUCUUGUGCACGUCACCGCUUGUUGAGGAAAUGGCGUCCGCGGCGAUGGCGGGGUCUGCGGCGGAUCAUCCGCUCCUUACGGAGGCCAAAAAGAUGGAAUAUUUCUCCUCCAUCAACUCCAUGGCCCGUAAGAUUAUGGAGGAGAGGGAGAAGAUAAAGGAGAGGUACGGUUCGGCUUGGGAUCAGAUGAGUCCGGUGGAACAGGACACGGCGAUAGACGACGGGAUGCUGGAUCCGCGGAUCCGGGCUCGGUACGCGAUGCACCGGGUGGAGCGAGAAGAGCUGACCUGCUACCCGAAACUACUGAUCCAGACCGGACAGAAGACCGUGCACUUCGGAGAAGAGGACUUAACUUGGCAAGAUGAGCACUCGGCUCCCUUCUCCUGGGAAACUAAGAGUCAGAUGGAAUUCAGCAUCAUCUCCGGUGCUCCAGAACCGGCCGUUCCCUCCUCCGCUAACGAAUCCAAACCCAAGCCCUCUCAGAGCACCAAGCUGCCCAGCACUGACGAGUCGUCCUUCUGGAAGAUCAGCGCCGAACGCUCGCGGCUAGAGGGCGAGAAGGCAGAGUUUCAGUCUCUGACGCCCAGCCAGAUCAAGUCUCUGGAGAAAGGAGAGAAGCCUUUGCCGUCGUACCUGAGGUCAGAGUCUGGGCCGAGGGAGUCCGAGGAUACGCCUCCCUCACGGCCGGUUCAGCAGAGAAUCACCAAACCUCACGCCCCUCCUCCCCCCGUUCCCAUCAGCGUGACCCCUGUGGCGAUCAGCGUGACCCCGACACCUCCUGCUCCCGUGUCGUCCUCGGAGGAAGGCUGGGAACGGGCCCAGAGCACGCUUCCGUCUGUAAGCACUAUGGAUGACGUGUUCAGUCCUGGUCUGGUCACCAGGUCUUCCUCUCAGUCCAACAGCACGGUCAAAGAUGCUGACAAGGCAGAAAGUCCUACCUUCUCACAGUUUAACACAAGCAGUAGUAUCCUGAAGACUGGGUUUGACUUCUUGGACAACUGGUAACGCUUGAAUAUCCCGAAGAACCCAACACUACAGAACACUUUCCUUUUAAAUCCAAAUGCUUUAGUAGUUUAUUUAUAGUGCAUCAAUAUCUUUACAGCUGUAUUAAAAUCUUUAUCUGUCUGACACCAUCUCACUGGAUAGAGGUUAAUGAAUGCAUGAGCUAUGAUAGAUCGGGUAGGAUUUUAAAAAACAGCAUAUGUCUAUGUUUGUUUCUUUGGUUGAUUUCACACUUGGUACAUUUGCUUGCGUCAGAACCCAUUGGCUCUACUCUCCUGGCCCUGUUGAUCUGCUUUCCCACUGUUAUUGUUAUUCUAGACUGUGGUAUGUUUGAAAAAAUUCUUUCACCAUCAACAUUAUCCUGUGUAUCCAGGCAACAAAGUUUGAAAUCUUUAAAGUUGCAGAACAAUG